CUGACAUAAUGUGGUUCAAAAAUAACGGCGAGACCUUGAAGCGAAUAAACGAUGAUUUUAAACAUGAAGUCAACAAGAUUGCAGUUUAUCCUGGACAUAAUAGGAAAGAGGGUGACCUCUGGAUGACCUUGAGGAUUAUGCAGCUUCAGCAGGAUGAUUACGGCAACUACACAUGCGCGGGCGAGAACAUUUACGGGAGGGGCAGUGACAUAGUGACACUCUUCCAUACCCCAACGUGUCAGGGGCCAGCAUGCGGUUUUGAAACGUCUGACAGAAAUUCUGCUGGAUCUGUGGUUGCUACGAAACUGUAUGCAAUCACCAUGGCAACGUUAGUAACAAUAUGGCGGAUAUUCUGAGGAGAAAUGAACACUUUUGAUGGAAUCAACGUCAACAUAGAAAUUCGCCAAUAUGAGUGAUCUUAGCCCGGCCUUCUGAUGGCGAAUCUGUGCUUGACCCAGCGCCUGACCUGGAUGAUGAUUGGUCAAAACCUCUACCCACGCCCCACUCGUGACGUAUUCUCAAAUCAUACAUGUACCGUUUUUAUUUGUACAUGCUCCAUAAAUAGACGCAGUAGUUGUGUUUCUAAAUGAUACUCUGCACGAAAUAUGACCAAACCGAGUGGGAUAUACUUUCCAUUAGAUUGUGCCUAUUUUAAAACAGCUGAAUGUUUGUGGGUUCCCAAGAACUUUGCGAGACAGCAAAACUGUAUUCUUGAAUUUAGCAAAUCACUCUGACUCACUACCAUCCUGACGUAUCAGGCCA